UUAUUCUGGCAGACGGAGUUUCGUUGCAACAAAUACUGUGGUUCACACUACAGACAGCAGUAUACAGAAGAGCAAACCACAUCCUCCCAGCACACCACACGGGCUGAGGCACACCGGAAAAGCGCAGCUGACAGCCCGGUGUCCAUUCCUGUUUAUGUCCCGCAUGUUUCCAGCAGUGAGAGAAGGAGCAACUCAAGUGGACCACCGCUCGGUUCAAGUCGGAGCAUUGGUUGGACAUAUGUUGUUGGAUAUGGAUUAUUGGCGUCCUUGCUGCCGCUUUGGAUUUAGUUGAUAGGUUCGUGCUGUCGUCCUGAAGUGAGCACAGAGAACAGGUGGAUCCUGUUUCCCCUUGGCUCGCCGGCUGCGUAAUCUACUUAAACCUUUAUGGGGAACCAGGUGGAGAAACUCACUCAUCUCAAUUACGCCGAGGUGCCCACGUCGGACCCGAAUGGCUUCGAUCCGGACGAUGAUGGACCACGAAUUGGCGUUUCCUAUAUUUUCUCUAACGAUGAUGACGAUGACCAGGACGACCGUUUCGAUAACUUCUCCACAGAGAGCGCCCGGGUAAACCACGAGGAGAAGCCGUUUGACCCGAGGGACGAACUGGAGUGCGCGGUCUUUUACAGAGACGAUUGUUUGUAUGAGAGGAAGAGCGGUGAAGCCACGUACUCCGCAGAGAGCCUGCUGAACAAGUGCAGAGCGGGGGACCUGUUGGAGUUUGUUGCUACCGGACAGUAUCCGCACUGGGCCGUGUAUGUGGGGGACUUCCAGGUGGUCCAUCUGCAUCGGGCUGAGAUCAAGAACAGCUUUCUGACGGACGUGAGUCAGGGGAAACAGGGAAGGAUAGUGAACGGAUUAUACCGGUACCGCGCGCUGCCACCUGAAGUCAUCGUGCGUAACGCCAUGAACCACGUGGGCUCCAGAGACGGAGAGCUGUACUGGAGGAACUCUGAGUGCUUUGCAGCUUGGUGCCGCUUUGGAAAGCGUGAGUUCAAGAUUGGGGGUGAGAUCAGGAUAGGCAAGCAGCCAUACAAGUUAAAGUUAAUGUUUUCUGACAAAAAGAGCCACGUACUGGAGUUUCAGAGCCUAGAGGAUGUGGUGAUGGAGAAGAGGAGAAACGAUCACAUAGGCAGAGACUCUGUGAUGCAGGAGCUUGCCAAUCACUUGAACACCACACACGAAAUUAAAGAUGGCAGUUUUGGAGAGUGAUUGGAGCUUCUCUGGUCAUUACACACAUCUCUCCAGCUUUUGGAUCUGGCUCCUAUGCCAUCCUCUAAUAAUGACCAAUGAGAAGCCUUGAGAGUCUGUAAACACAGCCCGUGCGUUUCGGUGUUUGCCUCAAAAUGAGCCCCAUGGGGUCAGUAUCACAGUCUGCAUUUUAAGUAUAAUGGUCAGUUCAACCAAAGCAGUAGCAAUUGUGUUGCAAUGGUAAAUUUGGCAUCUUAAAAAUUAACUAAUUUUAGUAUAUUUCAUUCACAGCUACAUGAAAAUGUUUUUUUUCUUAAUGUUUAACAGUUCAACCUUGAUACUCGAUUACUUAAUUUUUGUCAUAAUAAAGGGACACUGUGUGAGUGAUGGACCAAGAGUAAAACUGGGAGGUUAAUAUUAUGAAAACUUUAUGACUAUAUAAAUGACUUGCAUUUUGUACUUGUUCAUCAUAAGGUAUUAAAAUACUCUCCACAA